UACAUUUACUGUCAUAGCACUCACCGUUGCUUAUGCUUCUCUCAUAACCCCAGCCCCCCCUCUUAUUCUGGACGGUGACUCGAGGGAAUAUCUGUGGAUAUUAUACCGACAUGGCGUCUCUCGCCCCUUCCGACCAGCACGUCUGGAAGAAUGUCAUGGCCGCAAAGAACAGUAGUAUGACCCAAGCCCAGAUAGAGGCCUCCCUCCCAAGGCUCGGUAAAAAGCAUGUGAUCAGCAGCAUCAUCACUCUUCUCCGACUGCAACUCUUGACGGAGGAACAGAAGGAUGGCACAAGCAUCUAUCAUGCCUCGUCUCCGGACGAUGCGAAGAAGAAGACCAUCUUGACCGACCAACAAAAAGUCGUCCUCAACGUGAUCAAAAGCGCCGGUAACCGAGGUAUCAGCCAAGUAACCAUACGUAAUCAGAUCGGGCGUGAAGCCAUGCCCGUGGUAACUUUGCGUAAAACUUUGGAUCAGCUGGAAAAAGAUGGGCAUGUCAAAACUUUCAAAGGAAUCAGCGCGCCGACACUAGCCUUGUAUAUACUGCCCCAUCUAACACCUCCCGAGGACAUUGCUGGGGGAGUCUGGUUUGACCAGACCAAAGAUUAUGACGCGGAGCUCGUCAGAGUGAUUUGCGAGUUACUAUUCAAACGAGUCGAAAGUCUUACAUUUCCCAACCCAUCAAACCGGAGCGAGGAACAGCGAGCACUGGUGCCAGAUCCUAUCAACCCCACAUCUCGAUUAGGCAACCUUCCUAGCCCGCACGCUCUCUUGGCAUACGUUCAGAAAUCCAGAGUCACCACCGCCGAGUUACAAGUCAAGCAUGUCAUGGAGUGUAUGCGUGCUCUGGAGCUGGACGGGCUGGUGGAGGUCGUCAAGCCCUUGUCUGGCGUGCAACCGCCUAGCGACGAUGAGGAAGAUCAAGACGAUGUUGAGCGACCUGAAGCAAGGAAGUCGCGGGCGGCGAGUGACGAGGAGGAAGACGAAGGAGCGGCGGCUAAACGACGAGCCAAGGAUCGAGAGAAGCAGAAGGAGAUGCUCAAGUCACUGAAGAAAAAGGAGCGAAAGAAAAAGGUCGAUGAGAAACAGCAACGUAAGCGAAAACGAAGAAAAGAAAAAGAGAAGAAGAAGAAGCGUCGGCGGAAAGAGGACUCGGAUAGUGACGAGAGUAGUUCGGAGAGUGGGAACAGCGACAAAUCAAGCGUCAACAGUGACAGUGGUAGUGAACCACUGAGAGAAAUUGAUGAGGUGGAAACGAGCCGUCGUAAAAAGUCGAAAAAGUCGAAAUCGUCCCGGAGAUCGAGAUCCAAGUCCAAACGUAGACACCAAUCCAAAUCGUCCAAGUCAAAACGCAAACGACGAUAUUCCUCUUCAGAAUCAGAGGAUUCAGAAUCCGAUUCCGAUUCCGAUUCCGACCCAUCCAGCUCGGACGUUUCCUCAGUGGAUUCGGAUGAGCUAGACGAUUACAACUUUAAGAAGAGAUCGCGCAAUAAUCACGCUAUGAACACCGGUGCCAUCGAAGCCGCUGCGCUAAGAGCGGGUACUCUGCGAGAUCUGUCCGAUACGGCCGUCGUCUAUCGUGCUACAAAACGACUCACUGUACCGCUCGGUCAGACCCAAGUGCCUUGUGGGAACUGUCCUCAAUUUGCGUUGUGUGAAGAUGAUGGUCCGGUCAACGCGAGAGAAUGCGAGUAUUAUGAUGAUUGGUUGCUGGAUCGGAAAGGAGGCUGGGAGAAGGGUUAUAUUGGGAAUGUUUUGAUUAACGGACAUGAACUGGGGGAUGAAGAAGAGAAGAUCGUGGAGAUUGAGAAUGGAGAGGAAGAAGAGGAUAUUCUGCUCAAAAUUGCGGAACAAGACAAUUGA